UGUAGUCUGAAACGAAUGACAAAAAAAAAUAACAUUUUACGUUGUUGCGUGUAACAAAAAUGGACUGUUGAUUUAUUGUCGUAUUGUUGUCAAAGUAUUGCAAUGUUUAAAUAGUGUUGUAAAGUGACUUUUUGGUUGACUGUUUUGUGGCUUAUGAUAACAGUGAAGGUUAUAUUUUACAUUUCGGGUGAUGACAGCGCCAUCUACAACCCAUGGUGGCGCUUACCAGGGCUACCCCUACAGCAACCCCAUAGUGCUGGACGCACCCUCUAUAGACGCAGAAACCGCGGCCAGAUGGAUAAACUUACCCCGCAAUCCUAUAGUACCAACACGGAGACCGAGAGACUUCCCUGAGAGCCUCACCAGCAACGCAGAGGCAUCAAGUCCCAACGAAACAAACAAACCUGAUUUAGAACCCGAUCCCAGAGUGUAUAUAGACUUUCCAACUAAUGAAUUGGGUGAAUAUGUAGCUGGAAAUGACAGAAGAGAAGACAACAGUAAAGAAGAUAGCCGAACAGACGAUGCUUCGUCCAAUUUUGUAGAAGAAACCAUUUUCUACGACCCAUUUGAGGAUCGAAGGAUAAAUGUGGUGCAGAGCUCACUAGCAACAAGUCCUGGAAGCAGAACAGAUGGGAGCUCUUCCGUUUCAUCACCAUCAACACAAGCCGGAAGCUCUAGUUUUAACGCUACAACCCCAUCACACACUGUACCGCCGUACAUGACAAAAGAGUCCAACAUUUACAGUUCCUCACAAGCAAUAGAUGACAGAUUUCCCUCAACCACACCUGUCCAGGAGUUUCCUGAACCACCUCCAGCUUACACUGAGAUAGACAGACCUCCGGUCCAGCCUCCACCACCAAGAACUGAAGUGAUAGUACCAGAAACACCGAACACAACCGGGUUGGCAAGCCCAGAUAGGAAAUUGUUGCUCUGUCAAUUCUGCGACCAGAGGGUUUACACGCUAGCUAUAAAAGAAAAUGGCGCUCUCACACACGUUCUAGCCGGAUUCUUCAUUAUUGCGUUUGCCCCCCUAACGCUGGUGGUGUACUGCACGGACUAUUUCAAGUACAGGAACCACUACUGCCCGAACUGUAACCGACUUGUCGGGUACGAGGUGCCUAUCGUCUGCCAGGACAUGGUCUACUCUAAGGCCGAUUAACAUAAAAAGAGUGUAUGCGUAGGACCGCACGGCAGAAGUGAAAACAAAAACUGUGUUUUUUU